AAAAACUAGGCGCUCUUGUUAGUAGGUUAUUGAAGCUUACUUGUAUAGUUGGUGCUUCAUUAGUUGGGAUGUGUGUAAUUUAGUUGUUUCUUAAUUCAUUAUAAGCAUAUUUAUUUAUAUUAUAAUAUUGAAUAACUUAUUUUCUGAUUUUUGAGAGGCUGUCUUGAUCCUUCUAGCAAUGCAUGCAUAUAGGUGGAUUUCUUCAUACAUCCAAUUUUUAAUUUUGUUUCCGUGGGGAUUUUAUAUCGGAUUUGGUACUGCAUCGCAGCUGGCUAAGGAGGGGCUCUUACAAGAUAACACAAUCGCAGAACUUCUCAAUGAGGAACUUGAAACUGAAACUGCUGCACCCUCUCAAUCCCAUAUAAAAUACAUCCUUCAUACCAUGGACCAAGCAGGCGAAGGCUGUAACAUUAUAAUAGGGGAGGAAGCUUGUUUGGAGAAAUGCGUUAUCAAUGCAACUGAGAAGAUUUUCUUGGUCAUUCAUGGAUGGACGAUGAGUGGUAUGGUUGAAACCUGGCUAAAUGACCUUGUACGUGCUAUACAGGAGCGCGAGAAGUAUGCAAAUGUAAUUGUUGUAGACUGGAUUCCACUUGCUCACACGCUGUAUACUGAAGCUGUUAAUAACACCAAAUCUGUUGGCAAAGACAUAGCAAAGUUGCUGCAUUGGCUGCAGGAGGUGAUGCAUAUUCCACUGCAGAAUGUUCACAUGAUUGGCUACAGUCUGGGUGCCCAUGUUGCAGGCUAUGCUGGGAAUUAUGUAAAUGGAACCAUAGGCAGGAUCACAGGCCUGGAUCCAGCAGGGCCCAUGUUUGAAGGUGUAGAACAUCACAAGCGUCUUUCCCCUGAUGAUGCAGACUUUGUUGAUGUGCUCCAUACUUACACAAGAGAAGCCCUUGGUAUAAGCAUUGGCAUCCAAAUGCCUGUAGGUCACAUUGAUCUAUAUCCUAAUGGUGGUGACUUUCAACCGGGAUGUGGGCUAAGUGAUGUCCUUGGCACAAUAGCAUCUGGUGGAAUCACUGAAGCAAUCAAAUGUGAGCACGAGAGAUCAGUACAGCUCUUUGUGGACUCUCUCCUAAAUCAAGAGCAGCAGAGUUUGGCUUAUCGAUGUACAGAUCCCAGUCGCUUUAAAAAGGGUGUCUGCCUCAGCUGCCGAAAGGCCAGGUGUAACAAAGUUGGCUAUAAUAUAAAUGUUAAAAGGAUGAAGCGAAACAGCAAAAUGUAUCUGAAAACACGUGCAGAUAUGCCAUUUAAAGUUUAUCACUACCAGAUAAAGAUGCAUAUCUUUAGCUUCGAUGAUGUGGCUGUUACAGAGCCAGUGUUCUCUGUUACCCUGUAUGGCACCAUGAAUGACUUGGAAAGAUUUCCUCUUGAGUUGUCCCCUUAUAUGGGCUUUAACUCUACCCACACUUUCCUUGUGUAUACAGAGGCAGAUAUUGGUGAUAUAAAAACAAUUAAACUGUCUUGGGAAGAAACUUCCAGUUCUUGGUCCUCUUUCUUGGCAAGUUACUGGAAUUACUGGUCAUCUGGUACUUCUAAGAGUGCAGAAAAAAAAGAUGUCAUGAUCAGGCGUAUCCGGGUAAAGUCUGGUGAAACGCAGAAAAAGUUUGCUUUUUGUGCCGAAAAGGAUUCGCAAAUUAUUUCUCCAGGCACUGAAGUCUCGUAUGUGAAAUGUGGAGAUGGAUGGGAUGUCAGACAUCAGAAAAGGAUACCUUCUUGAUCAAAACUUUUGUGACCAAUCUAAGAAGACCAGAGAACCCAGUUUCAUUUGAAGAUAUGCACUUUGUUAUGGGACGGUUGUGCUCCUAGGUUUCUGUUCUAGGAACAGUCAAUGUUUGAAUUCUCUUGUUUGUACGAGAUAGCACUUCUGCAUAUUUAACAUUUCUUUAUAGAAAUUAACAUCUUCAGAGAUCUGAAGAGAUUUUAUAUGGUAACCAUAUUUUACUGGCUUUUCCUUCCUGUAGAAGCCUCUGUACUUAUGUUGAAAAGGCUACUAUACUGUAUCUAGGAUGGUGAAGGUGAGACUUCAUGGUAUCUGAAUGUCAUUGGUAUGCGUUUGCAAUUGAAGGGCACUAAUGUUGAAGGCACACUUUAGCCUUAUGACUUUCACUGCAUAAUGGCACUUCACACCACUUAAUGGGGAGGGCUUGUAUUGGCAAGUUUUCUGUGGGGUGGGGAGGGCUUAUAUUGGCAAGUUUUCUGUGGGGGGGGGUGUUGUGCAGUCAUAACAUUUUGUAGCUGUUCUUAACUAUUCCAUACUCUAGCUUAACAAUUUAGUCCCUUAUCUAUCUGUUGAUAGAAAUCUUUGUGAAUGUUUGUAAAACUGCAUGUCUAAGUUGCAUAGAUGACCAAAUGAAGCAGGGAAAAGUUUACAUUGGUAAGUUUAUACUAUAGUGUGCAAGCAGCAUAGCAAAGGGGUUUACCACCUUCCCUUUGAACUAUGAACAUCUCUAUCUGCUUCAAAUUUUAUAUGGAUUACCAAUAUUUUGGUAUUGUAAAGUUCCCUUCUGUGUGGUACAUUCCUGCUGCAGACUUUGCAUGAUUUGUCAGAGAACUGGUUGCAAACUUUACCUUUGAGUAGCAGGGAGUUCUCAAUUCAGGUUAGGGCUCAUUCUGUGGACUGCAUGCUGCAAUUAACAGAUUUGCUUGUUACUACAUGUGCAGUCUAUGGAUAAAUGGUCCUGUUGCCAAGAAAGCCCUAUGCACUUAAUUUGUAUACUUUCCCUUUACCCAGUCCUUUUGGCAGGGACCUUCAGCAUAUGGUUUUGCUCUCUAGCACCAAUAUUGGCAGACUCAAUCUACCCUGCUCUGGAUUUGGGGUACAGUACUUUUGCAGGGGAAUCUUAAAUGCUUUCCAAGGGCAAAUGCUGUUUUGGUUCUUUGUGCACUUAUCUGUUACAAGAAACUGUUUAUAUGGUAUUGAUGGAUCACUGCCUAUUUAUGUCUAAAGUUUGUAUAUAAAGUUUUUAUAUUUAUUUUGUUUGUAAAAGCAAAUUUUGAUAACUUAAAUACAGUGCAUAAUGCCAAAAUAAAGAUUUAUGUAUGUC